CCCCGAGUGGCAUUUCCAUUACUUGUGUACCGCUGUAAAAUUCGCAUUAAAAAUCCAGUCAAAAUGUUCCAAGCCAAAUCCGUUUGCCUCCUGCUUGCCCUCAGCCUUUUGGCCAUGUUCUUGGCCCGAACCGUUGAGGCCCGUCCGCAGGAGGGUCGGGAGGAGGGCGGCGACCAGGAGGCGAAUGUGGAGGCCGAGGAGAAGGAUCUCGAGGGAGCCGCCUCCUUUGGAUACGGAUACUACUCAUCGCCUUACUUGGGUGGAUACUACGGCGGCGGAUAUUGGCCACAUUACAGCGGCAGUUACUACGGAAUUGGAUAUCCCUACUAUGGUGGCUAUGGAGGAUACUACGGACACCAUCAUCAUGGACACUAUGGACACUACUUCUAG